CUUUCUCUUGCUUCCAAAUAUCUAUUUAACUCCAAUGAACGACCCUAAGUCCCUAAAAUCCCUAUCUCCCCACGACUACAAGUCCCAGAUCACUAGCAGUAUAACUUCUUACUUUGAGAGUUGUUUUGAGCAGAGCGAGGAUGGAGGAGAAGAAGAGGGAGAUUUGGAGGAGGAAUGGAGUGGGUCUAGUGAAGAGGAGAGUGGAGGAAUUGGUGGAAAGGAUAGAGGGGUGAAAAAAAGAACCAAGAAAGAAGAAGAAAAGAGACUCGAAUCUCAAGAAGAGACCAAGGAAAAUUAUAAAUACAUUGAAGAAUGCAAUGAAGAAUACAAAGAAGAGUACAAAGAUGAAUGCUUUAUUGUGGAGAAAGUUCAAGAGAAAGAACUUAAAACCCCAAGCAAGAACUUAAAAAUCAAAAGGAAUAAGACAAAGACACUCACCUUGAGACUUGCGGACUUGAAGAUAUCAACAAGAAAGUUUAUCUUAAUCCUCUCUGAUUCAUGGUUUUGGAACAUAAUAAAACCUCAAAGUCAAGUACAGGUCAUUGGUAGCUUUAAUGACGUUAAUAACUUCAAAUUAACCCUAGGAUCUUCAAGAAUAAUACAAGAAGAAAAUGCUGAAUUCAUUAUAUUAGAGCCAAAGAUCAUGAUAUCAAUAACCAUUCUAACUAAAUAUUAUGAUAAAAAAGGUUAUAGAUCUAUGUAUAUUCCAAGUAAUAACCUUCAAAUGGAUCCAGAGCCGUACAAUGUUCCAGAAGUAUAUGGGGAAAUCAUUCACUUAAUUUUCUCUGAUCUUCUCAAUACAAAAAUUCAUGCUAAAACAACCUUAGAUCAAAGCAUUAGUCAGGCUAUAGAGAGAUACCACAACAGUCUGUACUAUGAAAAUGAAGAAGUAGAUAAAGUUGUUAAUAACCUGACUAAAGCAAUUAAAGCCACGUUAGAUUGGCUAAAAAUCUUCUCGAGGAAAUCAUCUAAGUACAACAAGUAUAAGCUCAAGCUGAUAGGCCAGAUUGGGUCUGAACUGGAAAUCUACUCUACAAAGUUUGGACUCAAAGGAAAAAUAGACUCAGUUUGUGAGUUUGAAGACUAUGCCAAGAGAAAGGUAGUUCAUGCAGUAGAGCUUAAGACCGGUGUUUUUAAAAAGAGAAAAUAUAAAAACCAGGUUCUUCUUUACAGCCUCUUGUUACGAGAGACUUUCUCAAAUGCUGGUAAGAAUAACUUACUUGUGUAUUUGCGCGAUAAACAAAAUACGCAAAUGGUAUAUUGGAGUAACAGAAAUCUUUCCAACUUGAUUCAACAAAGGAACAAUUUCGUUUCAAAAAAUUUAAGUCAAAACAAAAUAAGAAAUAACUCGUGCUCAUUAUUAUAGCCUUGAGGAUACAAAAUUUUAAUAGAACUGAAAUACUUGAUACAGGAUAUUCGCUUUUUAAAUGCAAAGCAAAAGGAGAUGGAUUCAUAUUAGCACUUUACAAAGAUAUUACCCAAGAACUAAAAUCCUCUAACUUCUACCCAAUCCUCCCUCUCGGCUCCAAAACCACCAUCAGACCUACAGGCUCCGAAAUCGUCUUCAACAUGGGAACUCUCUCCAAAAUCCACUACAUCAUCACCAACCCCGCUACAGAAUCCACCCACAACCCUAAAAUCCUCCUCCAGCCCCCUCUCCUCACCACUAACGACCGCUGCCAAAUCCGGUACUUCAUCACGUACAGUUCUCACCCUCAUAUGAACACGGAGUUGGCUGGGGUGAAAAGGAGGUGGGGUACUCCCCACCCACAAGAAUGGCUCUAUCAGUUCGAGAAACACUUCUAUCCCUCCAUCUGCACAUCUCCCCCCUAAAAACGCCCCUUCAAUUUCCAUAAA